AUGGCACCGCCAAAGCCAGCCCCUGCCAGCUCGGCCGUCCCAUCGUCGACACCAAAUACACCGCACUUACCUCUUCGUUGCGGAACAUGUAAAAGUCCCUUGGCUGAUCCAGACAAGAAGAGAAAAGGUGACGGGUACUAUAAACACUGCAAGACGUGCCGUGAUAAACUUUCAGUAUCCCGUCAGCAACGGCGAGAUGGGGCUCAUAAGAGAAAAGCGAGUGAUACGGCACCUAAUGUACCGAAUCAAAAGCCCCGCACAAGCAAGCCGACGCAGAAAUGUCCAGGAUGUGGAUCUCAGAUUGAGAAAACGACGGGAUGUGACCACAUGACUUGCAAGUGCGGGUUCGAAUUCUGCUACGUUUGCCGCGCACCAUAUGCGGGUCCGCGAGGUAUCCGCAUGAUCAUGGCGAGAAAAAACAAAAACAAUCCGCGUGUUCCUCCCUGGGUGACACCCAAGCCAUAUUUUAAACACGCCGCACGAGCCUUCAAAGACGCACAUAGACCACAUUGGACUCCCAAGACAAUAUGGGAUGGCGACCAACUCACGCGCGAUUACUAUUCGGCACGCAAAGGUAAAGAUAAACUGUAUGGUUUGCCUCCAGGCCGCGACAUAAUACCAGAAAACCCCUACAACGUGCAGGACGCUACUCAUGCAAGAGUCCAUAAGACUCUACCACUACGACGUGAUGCACGAGGAAAUCCGAUCCCUCCUGCGCCAGCUGCACCUCCAUUACCUCUACCUCAACCACGACCACGGAACAACUACCCCUACGACUUUUGGCCUCAAGAACCUUGGCAUCCUGAUCCAAUUGAUGAAGCACGAGACAUGACAAUGAAGUUCCCUUGCCAGUGGCCGGUAAGAGAUGAAACAGAUAUGCGUGGAGCGAAGUGGUUGGGACAUGGAUCAUAUGGCUGCGCGGGAUUAUGGUGCCAAGUAGAUCCAACAAAUGUAAUUCAAAGAAGAUUCGUCAUCAAAGAAGCACGAAUGAAUAAAGGCGAUUGGCGAGAUCCCCUUAACUGGCGCGACCAAAUCCCACGAGAAAUCCGAAUCCACCAACUCGUCGACAACAACCGCGCCAACGAUGUUUAUGGCCAUGGUACAAUCAUUGAACACUACGGGUACCGACUGAUGAUGCGCCAGCGCAGAUACCGCAUUUACCUCGCCUACUACGAAGGCGGAAAUCUCUAUUCGGCACUAUGUGAUAGAAUGCCCGAUCUGGAGUUGAUGAACCUUUUCUCACCGCCACCCACUCUCGAAAGCAAAGACCCCGAAGGCUACCAUUGGGACGUUAAACUACGCUGCUACAGAGCCCCAGACGUUAAACUACCCCCCAUACUACCCGAGCGACUGAUCUGCGACAUCAUCGAUUCCCUCGCCAAAGCAUGCCAGAUUCUGCAUUUCGGGCAAGUUGACUACGAACUCAUGGCUCCAGGAGCGAAAAGAAUCACGCACCGUGACAUCAAACCCGACAACAUCUUCAUUUCCCCUUCUGCCACAAAAGCAGAAUUCCCAACAUUCGUUCUUGCAGACCUUGGACUCGCAUUCUACUCGCACGAGAGAGUCGAAGACGACGAUCUAAACUAUGGGGACCGCGCUCCACCUGAUAAUCCCGACCAAUACACCUGGUCCAACGAGCGAUUCGACCACCGCUACGCGCCCGAGUUGUACGAGAAAACACAAGAGAAGAAUCCGUAUCCGAUAGCAUUUUUAGGCCUCCUCCCCGACUACAUCUCGCGACCGGAGCGUUGCCCGCCGAUAGAAGGGCACAUCAUCAAUGAUAGGUUUGACUAUGAAGCGCAUCCGACGUUGUUGCGGUACGUGCCUGCACUUGUAAAACUUUGUGCCCGAUGUGUGAAUUGGGAUCCGCAUGAUCGGCCGUCGCUGCUGGACAUAAGAGAGGAAUUAACCCAGAUUUUGGAUGCGGAUCUGAACAUGAGCGUGGAUAGGGAUUACGGGCCGUUGAUGCCGAGUGAGGAGAAGGAGUUUAUUAUUGGGCAACACUAUCCGUAUUAUCCUCAGGGGGGUUUGUAG